AUGCCUAUUAAGCCAACACGAGAUAGCAAGUCAAAAGUAGACUCGAAGGGCCACAUGCUGUCUUCAAUAGAAUCAUUGCUUGAUACAAAUAUGUCCUCCGUCUCUCUUGGAAACUUAGAGAAGCUUGAUCUCGAGCUGUUGCAGCUAUACCAGGAGAUAGCACCCACACAAAUAGAAAUCAAUUCAAGGAUGUACAUAUUUGAAAGAAUUAAGAAGUUGAUAGUCCGUGAGCUUCCAAGUGCUAAUGUUGUCCCCUUUGGCAGCCACACUACGGGACUAAUCGUUCCAUCGAGUGAUAUCGAUGUAAAUGUUCAACUUGGCAUAGACACUGAUAAAGAAUAUGCCAACAGGUACCUGUCAAAGAUAAAAAACCUUAUGAUGGGGGCAGAUUUCGUUAAAAAAGAGACUCUGUUUCAUAUCAGAAAAUGCAGAAUUCCCAUUCUCAAGCUUAGAGACAGAAUAUUUGGAUUUAGAAUAGAUAUUUCUGUGAAUCAAGAAAACGGGGUUGAAGCUGCAAAGUUUAUAAGGUAUACUUUGAAGGAGCAUCCUUACAUAAGAGUGUUUGCAAUUCUGUUGAAGCACUUUCUUACUAUAAGAAACCAGUCAGAUGCCGCAACCGGAGGGCUGAACAGCUAUUCCCAGUUCCUUCUUCUUCUGAGCUUCUUUCAGCUACAUCCUCUUGUCCAAGAGAACCGGAUCUCUCCUCUUAAGAACAUCGGCGUUCUUUUCAUGGAUUUCUUUCAGUACUAUGGAUGCGAUUUUCCGUAUAAGACUGCAAAGAUUUCUGUAAACAGGGUUGGAUAUAUAAGGAAUGAUGCAAAGACACUAUCCAUCGAGGAUCCGACAGACCCUGACUGUGAUGUAGCAGCUGUUUGCAGAAACUCACAGAUGGUUCUCGAGAUAUUCCGCCAUGCGUUCAGGACAAUGAAUGCAGCUCUUAAGAUGAAAAUCCCGGGACAAAAGUCUCUAGUUUCCCUAUGGUUCAGGAAAGAAGCAGAGAGUACCAGACAGAGAGAAGAAGUCAGGAGAAUAUAUAAAAAAAUUCUGAGACACCAAAAAAAGUAG